GGAGAGGAGAGUGGGGUGCAGAGAGGCUCUGGAAGGAUCGAAGCAUAAGCUGGAAGACAGAGAAGACGGCAAUAAGAGCACUCUGGACAACUGAGAAUAACAAGCAACAUUAAAAAGGAAAGCCAAUUAAGCCAGAAAUCAAAAUAUUUUCCAUAUCCUUCAGAAAAUUCUUCUCCUUCCCCAGCAGGUGAUCAAAAACAGAUUUCAAACUGAAAAGAGUAGAGUAUGUGGAACACAACGAUACAUUACAGGUAGUCCUCAACUUACAAUAGUUCAUUUAGUAACUGUUUGAAGUUACAGCACCAAUGAAAAAAUGGACUUAUGACCAUUUUUCAUAUUUAUGACUAUUGAAGCAUCACCAUUGUCACAUGAUUUAUAUUUGGCAGUUUGGCAGCUAAUUCCCAUUUAUGACGGUUGCUGUGUUCUAGGGUCACGUGAUCCCCUUUUGCAGCUGUACAGACAUGCCUAUUGUGGGAAACGUGCAGAUUUCAAAUCACAAAUGCACGAAAUGAUUCACACUGGAGAAAAGCAAUACUAACGUGGCCAGAGGUUUAGUCAGAACAGAUCCCUUGUGGUUCAUGGAAGGACCCACAUAGGAGAGAAUUCCAACAAGUGCUCCCAAUGUAGUGAGCAUGGCAACUUGGUGAUACAUUAGAGAACUCGCACCAGGGACAAACCCUUUGAAUGCUCUCAUUGUGGAAAGUUUCGGUCUGAAUUCUGGCCUGGUGAUACGCUAGAAGAUGCAAACAAAAAAGAAAUCAUAUGAAUGUCCUGAUUGUGGAAAAAGUUUCAGUCGUAAUUCCGGCCUAGUGAAACACCAGAGGAUUCACACAGGAGAAAAACCUUUUGAAUGUCCUGACUGUGGGAAAAGUUUCAGUCGUAGUUCCAGCCUGAUGAAACACCAGAGGACUCACACAGGAGAGAAACCCUUUGAAUGUCCUGAUUGUGGAAAAAGUUUCAGUCAGAAUUUCAACCUGGUGAUUCACCAGAGGACUCACACAGGAGAGAAACCAUAUGACUGUCCUGUUUGUGGCAAAAGUUUUAGUCGGAAUUCCAACAUGCUGAUACAUCAGAGGAUUCACACAAGAAAAAAAUGCUUUGAAUGUCCUGAUUGCGGGAAAUGUCUCAUUAAAAAAUCCCAGCUUAUCUAUCACCAGAGGAUUCAUACGGGAGAGAAACCCUUUGAAUGUGCUCUUUGUGGGAAAACUUUCCGUCAGAAUUCCCACCUGCUGAUACACCAGAGAGCUCACACGGGAGAGAAACCAUUUGAAUGUGCUCUUUGUGGGAAAAGUUUCAGUGAGAAUUCCAAGCUGGUGAUACAUCAGAGGACUCACACGGGAGAGAAACCAUUUGAAUGUGCUCUUUGUGGGAAAACUUUCAGUCAGAGUUCUGGCAGGGCGAAACACCAGAGGAUUCAUACAAGAGUGAAAUCAUAUCAGUGCCCAUAUUGUGGGGAAAGUUUCAUGAGAAAAUUCCAGCUCAUGAGACAUCAGAGGACACACACAGGAGACAAACCCUUUCUAUGCCCUUUCUGUGGGAAAAGUUUCAGGUACAAUUUCAACCUGGUGAUACACAAGAGGACUCACACAGGAGAGAAACCAUUUGAAUGUCCUGUUUGUGGAAAACGUUUCACCAGAGAUUGCUACCUCGUGAAACACCAGAGGACUCACUCAGGAGAGAAACCCUUUGAAUGUCCUAAUUGUGAAAAACAUUUCCGUCACAAAUCCAGCCUGGUAAUACACCAGAGGAUACAUACAGCAGAAAAACACUUUGAAUGUCCUUAUUGUGAAAAACAUUUCAGUCAAAGUUCCAUCCUAUUGAUACACCAGAGGACUCACACAGGAGAUAAACACUUUGAUUGUCCUGUUUGUGGGAAAAGUUUCAUUAAAAAAUACCAGCUCACAAGGCACCAGAGGAUACACACAGGAGAUAAACCUUGUGAAUGCCCUGAUUGUGGGAAAUGUUUCAGUAAGAAUUCCUACCUGGUGAUACACCAAAGGACUCACACAGGAGGGAAACAUUUUGAUUGUCCCGAUUGUGGGAAAAGUUUCAUUAGAAAAUGCCAGCUUACUAUGCACCAGUGGAUCCACACAGGAUAUAAACCUUUUGAAUGUCCUGUCUGUGGGAAAGGUUUCAGUUAUACUUCGAGUCUGGUGACACACCAGAGGACUCACACAGGAGAGAAGCCCUUUGAAUGUCCUGAUUGUGGGAAAAGUUUCAGUCAGCAUUCCAACAUGGUGGUACACCAGAGGACUCACACAAGAGAGAGACCGUAUUAGUGUCCUGUUUGUGGAAAUGUUUCAGUCAGAAUUCCAACAUGGUGAAACACCAGAGGACUCAUACAGGAGCAAAACACAUUGAAUGCCCUGAUUGUGGGAAAAGUUUCAUUAGAAAUGUCCAUCUCAUGAGACACCAGAGGAUACACACAGGAGAGAAAACCUUUGGAUGUCCUGCUGUAGGAAACAUUUCCAUUUCAUUUCAAACCUGGUGAAACACCAUUGGACUCACACAGGAAAGGCCUUUCAAAUGUCCAGCCUGUGGACAGUACUUUAUGUGUAAAUCAGUCUUUAUUGCCUACAAGAAAAUCCACAAAAGUUGAGUUUAGAGAGGGGUUGAAUUUCAUUACUGAAAUAAUGAAAUUAACUGGAUAUUUCCUUUUGCAGAAAUUAUGGAAUUUCUCAAAAAGGCUUUUGAGUGCUGGUUUUUCUAUAUUGAUUAUGGAAUUCCAACAUGUGGAGAUUCUGUCUUCUACCUUGUUGUCCUCCAGAUUAUGCAGUCCAGAUUCUAGGACUGGAAAAUCACUGCUGCAGAGAGCAGACAUGUAGAUGUGGGGUUCUCCUGAAUAAUCUAAUUAAAAAAACUUUAAAGCAACCCAAAUAUGCACAAAAAUCCAACUACUGGGGUGGGGAUUGAAAGGAGGGGGGGAAAUGAUUUGGAGAGGAGAGAAAUCUUAGAAAUUUUGGAAGUUAAACAUUUAUUUGGAUGCAAAUUCUGGUGAGUUGUUCUUGUAGCAUAAUCAGACUGUGGCUCCUUUGUUCUUUAGCAUUGACUUAAGUUUUUCAGCAUUGACAAAAUUUUCUUUAUAUGGACUGAACUGUUUUUCUUCAAUAUUGACUGCAUCGUUCUUUUUACCAUUAACAGAGCAUACUUACCCAGACAUAAUUGCAGAAUGAAUUAGAUACAGAUGUAACAGCAUGAAUGUUCUUUUUUCCUCUUUCUCUAAUGAAAGAAGUGCAGAUCUUUUGCAAGGGUGUUUUUUUCCCCUCUCCGCAUAUUUAUAAGCUCAGCAUUCAAUACCAUCAUUCCAGAUUCUUCUAACUAAACCAAAUCCGCUAGCUGUACCUGACCACACUUGUAAAUAACAUAACAUAACAACAGAGUUGGAAGGGACCUUGGAGGCCUUCUAGUCCAACCCCCUGCCCAGGCAGGAAACCCUACACCAUCUCAGUCAGAUGGUUAUCCAACAUUUUCUUAAAAAUUUCCAGUGUUGGAGCAUUCACAACUUCUGAAGGCAAGUCGUUCCACUUAUUAAUUAUUCUAACUGUCAGGAAAUUUCUCCUUAGUUCUAAGUUGCUUCUUUCUUUGAUCAGUUUCCACCCAUUGCUUCUUGUUCUACCCUCAGGUGCUUUGGAGAACAGCCCGACUCCCUCUUCUUUGUGGCAACCCCUGAGAUAUUGGAACACAGCUAUCAUGUCUCCCCUAGUCCUUAUUUUUAUUAAACUAGACAUACCCAGUUCCUGCAACCGUUCUUCAUAUGUUUUAGCCUCCAGUCCCCUAAUCAUCUUUGUUGCUCUUCUCUGCACUCUUUCUAAAGUCCCAACAUCUUUUUUACAUCGUGGCGACCAAAACUGGAUGCAAUAUUCCAAGUGUGGCCUUACCAAGGCAUUAUAAAGUGGUACUUGUAUAAGCAUUAAAAACUGAUGAUUGGUUUUUAGCCCACUCAAAUGAGUGCACCGUUCGGAAGGGUCUUGCCUGGGUGGGUACGAAACUGUAUGUCCCUGCCAGCCUGAAAGGAGCGAUUUUGCAACAUAGUUAUGACACUAAAGUGGCUGGACAUUUCGGAUUUGUAAAAACAUUGCACCUAGUGAAAUAACAAUUCUGGUGGUCGGCUUUGAAGAAAGACAUAGAAGCCUACAUGGCGAGCUGUCCUAUGUGUGCAGCAGCAAAGAAACCUCAGGGAAAGCCCCCUGGGUUACUUCAGAGUGUGGCUAGACCGGGAACCCCAUGGAGAGAAAUAUCCAGGGAUUUUAUUGUUGAGUUGCCCGAGAGUGGGGGAAAUACAGUUAUUUGAGUGGUUACUGAUUUGUUCUCCAAACAAGUGCAUAUUAUACCAUGUCCCAAAAUCCCCUCGGCAAAAACCAUAGUAGUACUGACUUCACCCCAUUCAAGGUGGCCUCAGGGCGGGACUUUGUACCCAUCCUGGAACUACCUGGAGACAAACCACAAAUAUCUUCAUUAGCUGAUUGGAUCAAACAACUAUGUAGUACUUCAGGGGUGAAAUCUAAAAAUUUUCCCUACCGGUUCUGUGGGCGUGGCUUAAUUGGUGGGCAUGGCUUGGUGGUCAGAUGACUGGGUGGGCGUGGCCAAUAACAAUAAAUAAUAAAAAUAAUUAACAAAGUGUAAAAAACAAUAAGAGGUACCAAAAACCAACUUUCACACUUUACACACACACACAACACAACUGACUCACACACAGUGUAAACGCAGCUGCACUUCACACUUCACACAGCCACAAAAAGCUCAAAAAUCAACUUUCACACCUUACACACACAACUCACACACACACACACACACAAAAUGCCACAUACAGCUUUCUGAGAUUUUGUGUGUUUGUGUAGUUAGAGUGAAACACUACAGAAACACACCAAAUCUCAGAAAGCCGCACAAAUAUUUUAUUUUAUUAUUUUAUUUUAUUUUAUUUUAUUGUGGAUUUCAAAUCCCAGAGUUCCUCAGCCAGCAAAACCAGCCAGUUGAUCACCGAGGAAAUAGAUUAGCUAAGCGAUUGAUUCUGUCUGGCUGAAACUGAAACUGCUUUCGGGCUGGAAAAAGAGCCAUGUGUUCAUCAGCAAUUAUUAUUAUUAUUAUUAUUAUUAUUAUUAUUUAUUCGAUUUUUAUACCGCCCUUCUCCCGAAGGACUCAGGGCGGUGUACAGCCAAAAGUAAAAACAGACAAUACAAUAUACAAUUUAAAAUACAAAUUAAAAAACUUAUUUUAUAAUUGGCCUAAAAAACUUUAAGAUAUAUAAAAGUAAAACCCCAUUAAAAUUAAUAUUAAAAAAUUUAAAAUCGAUAAAAUUUAAAAUUGAUAAAAUUUAAGCCAGCCCCGCGCGAAUGAAAAGAUGUGUCUUCAGUUCGCGGCGGAAGGUCCGAAGGUCAGGUAUUUGGUGUAAACCCGGGGGAAGCUCGUUCCAGAGUGUGGGAGCCCCCACAGAGAAGGACCUUCCCCUGGGGGCCGCCAGCCGACAUUGCUUGGCGGACGGCACCCUGAGAAGUCCCUCUCUGUGAGAGUGUACGGGUCGGUGGGAGGCAUGCGGUAACAGCAGGCGGUCCCGUAAGUACCCAGGCCCUAAGCCAUGGAGCGCUUUGAAGGUAGUAACCAAAACCUUAAAGUGCACUCGAAAGGCCACAGGUAGCCAGUGCAGUCUGCGCAGGAGUGGUGUUACAUGGGAGCUACGCGUAGCUCCCUCUAUCACCCACGCAGCUGCAUUCUGGACUAACUGAAGCCUCCGAGUGCACCUCAAGGGGAGCCCCAUGUAGAGAGCAUUACAAUAAUCCAAGCGAGAGGUAACGAGCGCAUGAGUGACUGUGCACAAGGCAUCCCGAUCAAGGAAGGGGCGCAACUGCCGAACCAGGCGAACCUGGUGGAAGGCCCUCCUGGAGACGGCCACCAGACAGGGGGGCAGAGAUCGACCGCGAGGCACCUCACCUGUGGGGUGCCGCAGGGGUCGAUUCUCUCGCCUCUCCUGUUCAACAUCUAUAUGAAGCCGUUGGGCGAGGUCAUCAGUGGCUUUGGGGUGAGUUAUCAUCUGUACGCUGAUGAUACUCAGCUGUACUUCUCCACCCCAGGCCACCCCAGCGAAGCUGUCGAAGUGCUGUCCCGUUGUUUGGAGGCCGUACGGGUCUGGAUGGGGAGAAACAGACUCAGACUCAAUCCAUCCAAGACGGAGUGGCUGUGGAUGCCGGCAUCUCGGUACAGUCAGCUGCAACCGCAGCUGACUGUUGGGGGUGAGUCACUGGCCCCGACGGAAGGGGUGCGCAACUUGGGCGUUCUCCUGGAUGGACGGCUGUCGUUUGAAGACCAUGUGGCGGCCGUCUCCAGGAGAGCUUUUUACCAGGUUCGCCUGGUGCGCCAGUUGCGCCCCUUUCUGGACCGGGAUGCCUUAUGCACGGUCACUCAUGCUCUCGUCACUUCUCGCCUGGAUUAUUGCAAUGCUCUCUACAUGGGGCUACCCCUGAGGUGCACCCGGAGACUUCAGCUAGUCCAGAAUGCA